GUCGUUUUGGUUGAGUUCAGCUUGCGGCUUGAAUCGGUCCAAAGAAAACGUUGUUCAGUUUAUCUCUUCAUGGUAGCGCGGAGCCAGUUGGAAUCCACGGCAAGCGGAUGGAUUGUUGGCACAGACGAAGGCUUCGAGGUUGUCGAGCCGUUCGUCGCAUGGGAGUUCAAGGCAGCGCUCUGGAUAAGCACCGGCCCGCUCGAGCAAUGGCGACUAAUAAGCAGUUGGCCGCUCAUCUGCAGGCACUGACCGCCGAGGUCAGGAGGCUGAGCGAAGAUAACGUAUGUUUGAGGCUGGAGGCGCAGGGAGGCAUCCAGGCAAUCCCAGCGCUCGUGGACGCCGUGGCGAGGCUCGCGGACCGACCCGACUCGUCCCAGCCUGCGCGCCUGGUCGACACCGAAGGUGUCGGCAAGCCCUCGGUCUUCGACGGCGCCGAGACGAAGUACCGCGAGUGGACGGCCAAGUUCGAGUCGUUCGUGGUUGGCGUCUACGGCGAGAGGUUCCGGCAGGUGCUCGAGUGGAGUAUCGACCGGAACGAGGCCAUCGAUCGUGGCAUGUGGCAGCAGGCUUACGGACAGGCUUCAGACGACGAGAUUGGGAAUAUCGACGAGAUGGUGGCCCAAGUGUACAAGGCCAUUCAGCAGCUUGUCACGGGCGAGCCAUUCGACACCACCCAGAACGUCGAGAAAGGAAACGGCCUGGAGUGUUGGCGCAAGCGGAACUUGCUGAAACUGGUGCUGUCCCCCGGGCGCUGCAAGCUCGAGGAGCUGGCGUGCGCCCUGGAGAGGUGGGAGGAGGCCGCCAAGCACUACGAGUCUCGGAAGGACUACAGCGGCCACCGCGAGCGCUUCUCGAACAGCGCCAGGAUGUCGGCCCUCGAGAGCUUGCUUCCGACCGAGCUCGAGGAGCACGUGCUGCUGAACCAGAGCCGGCUGAACGCAUACGAGCUGCUGAGGCGGGAGAUCGCAUCCUACCCGGAGGCCCAGACAGGAUCGCGUUUGCGAGACGCCCCGACCUUGAGCAAGCAGCAGCGAGGCCCGAACACCAUCGAAUUGGUGUUUUUGUUCACGCGCUGCAAGGCGGAGCCACAGGCUCGAAGGGCAAGGCCGAUGGCAAAGGUUCCAAGGGUAAAGGCAAAGACGGGGGCAAGAAUUGCAAAGGUCGUGGAGGUGCUGGCGCAGGUAAGGGGGCCGUGGACAACUCCCGCAUCCCGCGCUGGAGCCGCGCCCGCACCGGGCACAAGAGCACGGACUGUUGGCGUCCAGCAGCCCCUCCCGAGGUCAUCGCCCAGGCCAAGCAGCCUGCCAGGGGCAAGGCGAAUGCCGGCAGGCAUAAGGGCCGUGGGAAGGCAGCAGGAUCGCUGGGCGUGGGCAACGGCGAGCAGGCGGACGAGCAGCUGGAGCCCGAGGAGGGCAUGUUCUUCGAGCAGACUGCGAGGGGCCGUCUGCGUCUCGAGAAAGGCGGUCGACGAGAAGGGCUGGGUGAAACUCAGAAAGUGCGCCAGUGGAUCUCCCUGAAUACACUAGAAGGGGGGGGGGUCCAGAACCCCUCCCCCCCCCUCCCCCCCUUGAGGAGGGGCGGGG